AGGAAGUCGUCCGCAAUGUGCAACCUAGUGCUUUAUCUUUGUCGCCUAGUGAAACAAAUGUCAACUGAAGUCCCUGUGGAAAUCGAUAAAACAUUAUCUUGAGCAUGUUAUCUCGUUUAAACGAAUAAAACAGUGCUUUAGUUGUCGCAAAGCAGCUAAAUAACGGCGCCUGCUCCGCCUGGUGGUAAGCUAUCAUGCCGGACUGGCUCAGCCUGUGUGUGCUCAUUAGCCUGUUAAGUCUGUUAACUGUGGCUGCUCUACUUUUAUACUCGGGACUCCUCUGUGACAUUAUUGUGCAAACCGGCUGUCCUCCCAUAAAAAAGAUCACAUUCGCCUAUAAGUUCAAAGAAGGACCCUACAAAGACUGUGGACAACUUUUUAGGGAGUCUAGCUCUAUUGGCCCAGGACUCGCAACUAUCGGCGUGUUUUAUGAUGACCCCAAAAAGGUACCUGGAACGCUUUGCCGCUGUGCUGUCGGCAGCAUUCUGAGCGAAGGAGAAAACAAGGCCGACGAGGAGCUUCUGAAGCGCUAUGAGACAUCUGGUUUUAAUGUCUUUUCCUUUCCCGAAGUCACACAUAUGGUCACUACCUCGUUCCCCCACAGGACGUUUCUGUCUGCGCUCCUGGGAAUAAUGAGAGUCUACCCACGGCUAGACCACUACAUCAAGGAAAGGAGGCUGUGCGCACACCCGUUCCUUGAAAUCUACAGAGACAGUCAGAUCCAGUUCAUGGCCCCCUUGGCUCGGCAGGGAGACUUUUACGUACCUGAAGUCCGGCCGGUAGAGAGGAGGUCUUCAGAACAAGAGGACUCACACAGUGACUCGGACAUCUCAGGUGCAGACUCGAACAGCGAGUACAGCUCAGGGAGCGGGGUUCUCCUGUCAGACAGCAGAGAGACGUCACUGGCGGCGUCCUCGGUCCGCUCGGUGCCCGUCCAAGAUAAAGGGAAUCGAAGCUGCGGAGGGGGAAGCUCCAGGGGAAGCUCGUUUAAAGAGCCGGACUGCGAGCAGACCGGUGAACGGCGGGAAGGAGGAGAUGAGCAGCUUCGUGGACACUCUGACCAGAAGAGCCCCGAGGCGCCCGCUCAGGAGUGGUGGGGUGUGGUCGGAGGAGAGGAGUGAACGUUCAGGGUGUUAGCUGAGGAGGAGGGAAUAAAGGAAGGUGGGAAGUAGAAACUGGCUGCUGUAUGUUUACAAAUCUCAUGAAAAGAUAGAAACAACAGACUUCUUUAGCCUGGAAGCACAAUUUUUCCUACAGAAGAUGUUGAAGAGAAUAUUUUAAGAGAAUAUUUGUUUACUCAAAUCAAUUCCUAAACCAGCUCUUUUUACUUUGAGUGAACGGCGUGUUUGUUGGAGAUCAAACCACAUUCGUCGCUCUUGUGACGGUUUGUGGUUCCUGUAACCCGGUGUAAACGGGUUCUUUCCCUUUUUAGUAACUGAACAACAAAAGAGGUUUACAUUACAAAGAAAUGUGCAACGUCCGACUUAAGCUACACAGACGGGACUUGUUUCCAGGAUGGGUUUUGAUCUUUUCAUUUGAUUUGUUAAAACACGUGUUAUACCAUCAGACCCGUCCUUUAUUCUCUGAAUCAUCCUUUUUAAAAUCACUUUUUUAUGACUGAAAACAAUCCACUUGAAAGUAACCUGAGCUUCUUGAAACAUGUUCAAAAUGAAACAAGACGACUGAAGUGAGGAUUUGUUCACCAAAGCAUUUUACUUGAAUAUCUUCUGAUUUUAACGUUUUAUCUCUCUAGCUGAAUCGCUGUUUUGGGGAUGAUCCAGUUGUUUGACGAGUAUUUUUUUGCUGUUCUGAGUGAAACAUAGUCUUUCUAAUAACCAGAGUACUGUGCAAAAGAUUUAGGUGAUGCUGUAAAGAUGCUCACAAUUAACCGAAACAGAAAAGACCAAAAUCAAAUCAGCCCUUCAAACAAGAUCAGUUCUUUUUCUGUGCACACAUUUUCCAGGCACUAGAAAAUCAUUUCUGAGAACUCUCCACAGUUCAUGUGUGGAUUCGGACUGUCAUCAGCUUCUCUUCAUGUGAGCCCAUCCAUGAUGUCGUCAUUCUGCCAGAGCGUGCAGGACUGAUCCGAUGCCUCCCCGAUGGUGUUGUGUGAUGGAUAAGCGUCUCCUUGUACUUCUUGGCUCACACCAAAUCGCCAACUCCCAUUUGUAGAAAUGCAGAACCAGAACCAAACCAGUCCUUCUCUGCAGCCCUUUGGUGAAAGGCAUCGCCCUCUGUUAGAGCACCAGCUGUCAGUUUUGUGCAGCCCAGUGUUUUCGUGCGCACUCGGCUCCGUUUGAAACUUUCACGUCUUCAACAAGCUCACAUUUAUUCCUUCUGCUCAGUUAAUGGUUCAGCCUGCUUAUUGAAUCGUUGCUGUAAUUGUUAAACUGUGUAUGUUUUUAAAUUUAAAUCUGGAAAAGGGUCUCAUACUGUGUUACUCUAACGUAUAACUGGUGAGUAAUGUGUUUUUGUGAAGCAUCUAAAGUGCCUAAAACGUUUGCACAGUGCUGUACCUGCAGGGAAGUCAGUUCAUUUCAAAUGUAUGUCGUGUUUCCAAAGGGCUGUAAUAUGGACGCUGAGAGGACUCGACCUCACAGACUGAUUAAUAGAGGUUUUUUUUAACAAUU